CCGGGUAUCACUUCCGCUAACUUUCCCUAGUUACCCACAUGGAAACCAAUUUCCCUGUGUUUUGAGUUUCGGCGCCGAUUGUAGCAGCGAUAAUUGCCUGACUCACGGGGAUAUUUGAUUCGCCGUAAACCAGCCUUACCGUUUUUACUCCUCAUAUUUGUAAAGUAACAGUAACUAUGAAGAUCGAAGAGGUAAAAAGCACCACUAAAACUCAGCGGAUCGCCACUCACAGUCACGUCAAGGGACUGGGGCUAGACGAGGCCGGGAAUGCUAAACAGUCAGCAUGUGGUCUGGUCGGCCAGGAGGCUGCAAGAGAGGCUUGUGGAAUCAUUGUCGAUCUGAUCCGUUCAAAGAAGAUGUCUGGAAGGGCAGUGUUACUGGCAGGGCCACCUGGUACAGGAAAGACUGCCCUCGCGUUGGCUAUGGCACAGGAGUUGGGAAACAAGGUGCCUUUCUGUCCCAUGGUUGGCAGUGAAGUCUACUCGACAGAGAUUAAAAAAACAGAAGUAUUGAUGGAGAAUUUCAGGAGAGCUAUUGGACUGCGUAUCAAAGAAACAAAGGAGGUGUAUGAAGGGGAGGUGACAGAGCUGACCCCCUGUGAGACAGAGAAUCCCAUGGGCGGCUACGGGAAAACCAUCAGCCACGUCAUCAUUGGUCUGAAGACGGGCAAAGGCACGAAGCAGCUCAAGCUCGAUCCUAGUAUUUAUGAGAGUCUUCAGAAAGAGCGAGUGGAACAGGGAGAUGUCAUCUACAUUGAAGCAAACAGUGGAGCUGUCAAGAGACAAGGUCGUUGUGACACCUUUGCUACAGAGUUCGACCUGGAGGCAGAGGAGUAUGUGCCGCUGCCUAAAGGUGAUGUCCACAAAAAGAAGGAGAUAGUCCAAGACGUCACACUGCAUGACCUUGAUAUUGCAAAUGCCAGACCCCAGGGAGGCCAGGACAUUCUCUCCAUGAUGGGACAGCUGAUGAAGCCAAAAAAGACAGAAAUCACAGAUAAGCUUCGUAAUGAGAUCAACAAGGUGGUGAACCGCUACAUCGACCAGGGCGUAGCUGAGCUGGUUCCUGGUGUUCUGUUUGUGGACGAGGUGCACAUGCUGGACAUCGAAUGCUUCACAUACCUCCACAGAGCACUGGAGAGCACCAUCGCCCCUAUCGUUGUGUUUGCCUCCAACAGAGGAAACUGUUUAAUUAGGGGAACAGAGGACAUCUGCUCUCCACACGGGAUUCCUCUUGACUUGUUAGACAGAGUCAUGAUAAUCCGCACAAUGUUGUACACAUCACAGGAGAUGAAGCAGAUCAUCAAGAUCCGUUCUCAGACUGAGGGGAUCACCGUUAGCGAGGAAGCACUUACACACCUGGCAGAGAUCGGCACCAAGACCACCCUCAGGUACGCUGUCCAGCUGCUGACGCCAGCCAGCCUGCUGGGCCGUGUUCAGGGAAAAGAGAACGUGGAGAGGGAGCAGAUAGAGGAAAUCAACGAGCUGUUCUACGACGCCAAGUCUUCUGCCAAAAUCCUCCAAGAUCAACAUCACAAAUUCAUGAAAUAGACUAAUAUCAUCUUUUUCUUUCACGACUCAAAGGGCUGGUGUUCAUCCAGCUGUUAAAUGUUUGGCUUUGAUUCUUUCUUUUUUCUCAAUCUUUACCCUCCAUGUGGCUCAUUCUAGAGUUGCCACCUCAUCUACUGUAGUAGUUUUGUUCUAUUCAAGUUGUAUUCAUUCAGUACGUUCAUGAAAAUAUUUUUUGGAAUAAAAAGAAAAAAAUAA